UCUUUCACCUGAAAAGGUUACUAUAGCAACACGCUGCUGAAGCGCUGUCAGUUAGGAAUGAGUAGCUAGGCUAUUGUAAUUACUUAUCAGUGAUCACUCUUUAUAUUAAACCUGCAAUCUAAAAAAGUAGACUGGUAUCGAAAUGCGCCACAAGACUUUAGCGACGCACGAGACGAACUAAUCCAGUAGAAACAGACCGACCUGAAGCCAGUGAAUAAUUUGUGCACUGACUGCACGAGGCAGGCAAUCAAUGACAACAUACAUAUCGCUUCUUAAUAGAGUUGGGACACCCAGCCCUUAUCCUGCGAUUUGUGCAGCGGAGACUCGCGUUCAUUCUGCAUACCACAGAGAAGAGCGAUAAAAUGAGCAAAAGACGCGAAUUGUGAGCAGUAAUUAAGCGUUUAUAUGCGAAUCUCUCCGUCGCACUAAGAUGCGCUAUAACUAACCGGUGCGGGCGGUGCGCGCGCUCUUGAUGUCAUCUGAGACCAGAACAGGACAAUUGCCGAGUUGAUGAACCUGUGUUGAGAGAGAGAAACGAUGGGAUUAUUAUUCUAGCCAGAGGGGCAGAGGUUUAAUACUUCCUGGAUUAACUCUGUCGUAAUUGGAGCGGGCUACAGACAGAAGAGCAACGCGCUGCUGAUAUUGUGCGCCCGUUUAAACGCUUCACGCUCUGGCGGGACUCUGACAGGUGAACGAGGAUAUAUAUAUUACAUGCAGCAGUUUUUUAUUUACCCCAAUCCACAAAUCCUCAAAGUGGUCUUUGCUGAAGAAGCAGCUGUAUUUGAGAGGUAGGAUGCUGAUCCACUACCUAACACAGCUCUGAUUCUCGAGAACACACCGCCAGCUGUUUCAUAUGGGCGAAGCGAGAACUCGGUUCCCUUCGUGUUGGACAUGGGCUCGCUGUCAAGAUAACAGUGUGUCCGAUCCAGAGCGGGAGAAACGAUGGGCCGAACUGUUCGAUCAGCUGGACCUAAAUAAAGAUGGGUGGAUCGACGUGAAUGAGCUGCGCACCGGAUUAACCUCAUGGGGGAUCCUUCGCAGUGAGGUAGACGAGAUUGUACGUGUGAGUGACACCAAUCAUGACGGCCAGCUGGACAUCGAGGAGUUCACACGGUAUCUGCGCACACAUGAGAAAGAGCUCCGACUUAUGUUCCGCAGCCUGGACCGCAACAACGAUGGUCACAUAGAUGUUGCAGAAAUUCAGCUCUCCUUGCGUAGCCUUGGAGUGAAUGUAUCCACAGAGCAGGCCUCCAGAAUCCUUCAAAGCAUAGACAGAGACGGCACCAUGACCAUUGACUGGAAUGAGUGGCGGGACCAUUUCCUGUUUAACCCCUUGCACAACAUGGAGGACAUUGCCCACUACUGGAAACACUCUCUGAUGUUGGACAUUGGAGAGCAACUGACUGUGCCAGAUGAGUUUUCGGAGAAGGAGCGGCGUUCAGGUGUGGUGUGGAGACAGUUGGUGGCCGGGGCAAUGGCAGGAGCCGUUUCGCGAACAGGAACUGCUCCUCUGGAUCGUCUUAAAGUUUUCCUUCAGGUCCACGGCUCCAGUGGUGUGAGUUUGUUGGGUGGCUUGCGUGGAAUGGUGAAGGAGGGAGGACUGAGGUCUCUUUGGAGAGGCAACGGCAUCAACGUGCUUAAAAUUGCCCCAGAGUCAGCUAUCAAAUUCAUGGCUUAUGAGCAGAUCAAACGGCUGAUCAGAGGCAAUAAGGAGGGUGGUUCUCUAAGGGUUCAAGAACGCUUCAUUGCUGGCUCACUGGCUGGAGCUACAGCUCAAACCAUCAUCUACCCCAUGGAGGUGAUGAAGACACGUCUAACCCUCCGAAAAACAGGACAGUAUUCUGGCAUGGCAGACUGCGCCAAACAGAUACUACGUAAAGAAGGAGUGCGCGCGUUUUACAAAGGCUAUUUGCCCAACACACUUGGCAUCAUCCCUUAUGCUGGCAUUGAUCUGGCUGUCUAUGAGACUCUAAAGAAUGCUUGGCUACAGCGGUACUGCAUGGGCUCGGCUGAUCCUGGGGUUUUAGUGCUUCUCGGAUGCGGCACUGUAUCCAGCACGUGUGGGCAACUGGCUAGUUACCCGCUGUCUUUAAUCCGCACACGCAUGCAGGCUCAGGCCUCAGCAGAUGGCACUCCACAGCUGACAAUGGUUGGCCAGUUCAAGCACAUUGUGUCCCAUGAAGGCAUUUCUGGACUUUACCGUGGCAUUGCCCCCAACUUCCUCAAAGUCAUUCCUGCUGUUAGCAUCUCUUAUGUGGUUUAUGAGCACAUGAAGAAAGCACUGGGAGUGAGAUCCUAAGGUAGAAUCAAAGUGAAAAAGUACGAACCUGUAUUAAUAAAAGGAACAUUAGGGAGGCACAGAGGACCCCUAGAGAACAGGAAAAGGAAGGCAUAGUCAAUGAAUGACCUAAAAACCUACUCUACAUUGUACACAAUCACAUUCCCAUUGUAAUUUAUACUUCAAUAAGAUAAAAAAACAGUUUAGGCCGAGGCAACCAUUAAGAACAAUGGCUGUAUUGAGAGUAUGUUUCUCUGUGUCUGGCAGCUUGGAGAUCUCAGGUUUAUUGUGCACUAUAAACAGCUUCUUAUCUUCAAAGGUGAACACACAUAGUACUUCAUUUUACAUGGAAUGGAAUGUCAUUGGCAUGAUUAUAAAUGUGGGGUAAUACUAAUAGGUAAAGAAAGACAUCUAAUGACAGAGAAUGAUGGUGAAAUAGUAGGCCUAUUGCAGUAUUAUAUAUAUUUUUUAAAUGACAACCAAAGUUUCCCUCGUAAAAUUGACCAAAACAUUGAAGAAGGUGUUUUAAUGUACUCUGGGGCAUGGAAUAUUUUAAAUAGUCUCUUCUGACUGAUGUUUUAUAACAUUUACGAAUGAGUGAUAAAUUGUAAAGCAUGCUUCUGCAGGGAUUUACAUUAUUGUAUGACUCAUAUAUUUUUGUAAAGGUCAGUGAGAGUUAAGCAUGUUAUAUGCUACAAUUUAAUGAUCAUGGAUUUGCACUCUUCAAAUGAUUGUGGAUUUUAUAUCUUCAUCAUGACAUCUCUGCUGCUUUGCUUUUUACAACUUUAGCCUUUUCUGAUAUUUCAGGCCUCAUUAUUGUGUAGAGGAUAAAAUACAGGAUUUAGUUUUAAAAUAAAGUAAGUGAUAUUACUGCCUUGAACAACUUGCAAGUGGAGCAUAAAACAAGGGCAUCAGAUGAGAUGGGGACAGGGCCGUCGCUAGAGGGGAGAAAGGUGGUGGCGACAACAACCGGAUGUGGAGUUUAUCAUUAAAGUUGUGCAUUAGAGUCGGAUGCUUUGUGUUUAUUAAGGAAUGUGCUGUUGUGAAUGCUAAAAAUGUGUCUCAAAGUAGUUUUUUAAUCUGCACAAAGGGCUUUUGCAUGAUGUCUAUGUCACAAGUUGCAUGUUUUACAUGUUUUAAGAGCUCUGAUUGUCCAUAUCAGAAAUAUGCAAAGCACUGUUAUAUUUAAAGCUGACAAGAAAUGCAUGUUUAUUUAACAUAAAACAUGACUACUGUUACCAGAUUCUGUAUAUCAGAAACACAUACGAACUAGAUGCUACUAGAUUGCAGGACUAGACUACAAAUAACAAAGUCAUUUGUUUGGUUCUAUAAUGGAUGAACAGAAUUAUAAUUUCUGUAUCAUAUGUUAU